AUGCCUCAACGCUACAGAAAUGGAGCCACUAAGGCUCCCGACACUCUGGGAUCAAAGCGAGCAAUAAGGGCAUGCGAUUAUCCCGAGUCCCUUUCGCUAGCAGAAGUCAAGGCCUUGUCUACUGAGAGCCAAGAACCUCAUGAAUCGGAAAGUUCGACACAAAGUUCCAAUCGGCAUCACUCUGACAGGAUUCUCAUUGACGUUGAAGAGCAAGGGCCAGUUCCCGAUUUCCUCGGGCAUGCAAUGCCGAUACCGAAUAGUUUCAAUGGAGACCACUUCAGCAGAGGUGGUGCUAGGGACUCGUUCAUGAGAUCUUGGGUUAAUCAAGUUCUGAUAUCUGACGUUCAUAGUAUGAAUCUUCACGAAAAGCAAACGCAUGUCAUUUAUUCAACUCGAGGGUCAUCAGAGGCAUACAGGGCUUGGUUCAAUCCUACCUUACGGCUCGAAGGUCAAGCGACACGUGCGGAUCUUUUCGACAUCGGGUAUGCUGAAUAUUAUCAAGAUUAUGCGAGGUCGCACAGCUUUACACUCAACUCCCUAGGUUAUCGUGGUAGACCGAAACGAGAUGUGAAAUUCCGAUGGAUGCAUCUGGAAAGCAUUUCAUCAAACUUUCGUAUGCUCGAGAAUCUUGUCACCGAGUGCCCUUUCAUCUCGAAUUCUCUCAGAUCAGUUGCUCUAAAGGUCCUCUUAGAAGCGAGCCAGCAAUGCUCUAAAACAGAUGCCUCGAGAUCACAAAUUGACACAGGAACUGUCAUACGAUAUGUUGGGCGCCACCGAGUACAUUCAGCAUGUACGAGUACUGAUACCCGGGAUACUCAGCCUGUGAUAUUUGCCUCGACGCCCCAUCUUCUUAUGGCGCAAAAGCCAACAGCAGCCCCUGUCUCAGUAGAACCCCGGAAAAGAACUCUCAUUGAGUUUCUCUAUGGUAGCGAAUCCGGCUCCUUCCAGCAGCCGUGGUCGGGGGAAUCAACUGCGAAUGGUUUCAAGCAUAGCGUUUCAGACAUGCUAGAAGUACCUGAAGCCAGCUUCCUUUUGAUAGGUUCCGAUAUCUUGAUAAGCAUCUCUCGGAUGCCCUGGCAGCACAUGGUAUCAAGUGAUAUUGCCAUAAGCCGGGAAAAUGAAAUUAACUCGUGCGGGCUUUACACCAUUCAGAUAAUAGAUGAGAGUGGAACUCGUCGCAGCGACCUAGUUAUUGAGAAGGAAUGCAGCCAUGAGAGCUUUGUGCGUCAGGCUUUUGGCCUUCCCCGUAACGAUAGACUAAGUCUUGGUUCGUAUGUAUUGGUUGAUGAACACGAGCGCCUCGUCAACCAUUCAGUUUGGCACGAUUACCUAAGGUCGGGAGAAGUAGAGCGGCAUGCUUUCCAGUUGAAAAAGAGUCCUUCAUUAUUUCAAGCAGAACAUACAAAAAAUUCAUCCACAGGUUCUGCCGAGUUUAAUGAAAUAAGCACAGACGUGUCCAGUCAUCAAGCAACUUCUCUAGAGCCAUCUCAUACUCGAAUAUAUAAGAACGAGCUAUCGCGCCCAAACGAAUUCUCCUUCAGUAUUUCGAACCUUGAAGCCGAAGUGUGGCCCUCGUUCACCCAACAGCCUGUGGAUACGCCUGACAAAGUCGAUCAAGACUCAUCGAAAUAUUGUUUAGAUUCAGAACCUGACAGUAUCGCUGUCUACUAUAUGGGGAUGCCAUUUAUGAUUCGAUCGUAUCGUUCAUAUGACAAUGCAUCAUCCGUUUCACCUCAAUAUCUGGAAGAGACAGAGACAACACAGAGUUUCCCUGAUGUUUCUACCAGUACACACGAACGUAUCAACUUGAGCAAGCAUGACAACAUUAGAACGCUAUUAGCCAAACAACGCGUGCUGGACUCGCCCUUGAGAGGACCAUCUCACUGGUUCCUAAGCAAUUCUGAGGGUCAGGAUACCAACAGCGGCUUGGUGAGCGAUGGUAGCGUGCUAUCUCAUAAAUUAAUGGAUAAAAUACAACAGGCUAUUCUCAAGAGCCCAUUCGAGUUACUUCUCACAAAGACAACAGCUUACACCAGGGAUUCUGUUUACGAUAGAUGCCAAAUACUCUGCUCUAUUACCGACAAAGAAAUGUCGCCACUAGCGAUUGAACUGGCCGAUAAUGGACUUUACGAAAUAUACAGGCCCUCCGCUAUAUCAAAUAUCCAGUCUAUCUUUAGAUUGUCAGAAGACCUCUUUUCCCUUUUCCUUCCGCUAUCAAAUACAGCGGCACAUACGGUACCCGAGAGGUAUUGGGGUGCACUAGACUCGAUCAUACGCCAGACUUAUCUGUCCACCAUAUUGCCUCGAAUAUCUGGGCCGAAAUGUAACUAUGUUAUCUCGUCAUUGCUUCCUUUCGUUCGCCAGGGAGAGCUGGACAUGGUGUUGAAUCAUUUGCCGUCCAGUCAAUGCAACGAGUGUAACAAUGGCACAGUAUACUCAUCCAUUAAGGAUGCAGUGUACCAUUUACACGAGCGGCACAUCACGUGCUAUCAAAGCAAGAGAAUCACGACUAUCUUAGAUGAUCCUUGCUCAAGCUGGGUAUGUUUGAAGCAUUGGGAGCCCGAACCAGAGCCAUAUCCGUAUGAUCCUGACCAUCAUUUUUAUGGCGACCUGUUGAAAAUACGAGAUAAAGCUCAAGAUGUACAUGCUUCGAUGACGGGGGAAGAAACGCAAGUUGAGGUCAGCCUUAUACAUUGUUUCGAAUACAUCAUUUGCAAGUUCCUUCUUGCAGCUGAAGAAGCCUCAUUGAUAAACCAAUCAAGGUUGCGGAACUUCGAAACAGGCAUGCAGAAUUCGGCUGAUAAGGAAGUAUCAGCUAUUCGUGUUAAGAUCAAGGAAAUCAACCAAAAGAUAUACGAACAGUUGGACCUUGCAACACGCGACAUCAUGAUGUCGGGGACACCUAGAGGCGACAAAGACCAGCUGAUAGUAUGUGACAUAGGGCAAACGCUGGAUAUCAUCCAGUAUUAUCGUCGAGUUUCAUCCAGCCUUCAGUAUAUCGCUGUGCGAGACCCAAGAAGGCGACGCUUCUUGGAAAUCUCAGCUCUUGAAGAAGAAACAGACGCUUUGCAUGCAGUUAUCGAAAUACAGAUGCGUAUGGUCAAAGCAUUCAAAAAGAUCCUGAAUCCUGAUUUCUUCCGGCAUGAGACGACAGAUGAUGAAUAUCUCAGGAACCGAAGCAGGAGGCACAUAUUGGAACGCGAGCACCUCGAACGACAUCUCCAGAAACUCUCGGAGAAUAUCAGGUCCUUAGAGACACUAUUAGGCAUUGCGCAAGUAACGAAAUACAAGAUGAAGCAAGUGCUAGAGGUACUUGACGAAGGGCAUGGAAAAGCCAUUCGUGUCUUCACUUUCGUGACCCUGUUCUUUCUUCCACUGUCUUUUGUCACAAGUUUCUUUGGCAUGAAUACAACCGAUGUCAGAGAUAUAGGUUGGGAUCAAAGAUUGUUUUGGUCGUCGGCGGUUCCGUUAACUGUCACAGUUAUCACUCUUGCUUUGGUCUAUGGAUACAAAUGGGAUACAGUCUUGGAGUUCCGGGAUAGGGUGUUCAAAUCACAUGAGCCUUGCCAGCUCCACUUGAUCAUGGAUCAAGAUGUCACCACUCUUACAGAGGAAUCAAAUGCCCAGACUGGCAUUCCCAUCAGUCCAUCCGCAUCACCAAAACGGUCAAGACUGUGGGGAAGUGGAGUUGAGAGGCUCAGGGUUAGACGCUGGAGACAGCGAAAAGUAGAUGCAAGACAGACCAUUAACGAGUCACAGGUGUAG